UAUAAUUAUGUAAAAGUAUAAUUGUGCAACUCUAGACAAUCAGUACCCUCAUAUUGGCCUUCUCUAUAUAAAGUCACCAAGAUUUACAAAACACCACACAUAGUUUAAGAGACAAAGAGUGAGUAAGAGAGGACAAUACUUAACCUCCACAUAUCUCACACACACAUGGCUUCACAACUUGUUAGUGAUGUAAGAUGCCAACCAUUACUAAUGCAGUAUGCAGCUUCUUAUGGUGAAAGAGGAAGCAAACAAAAACCAUUUCGUCGCCAAAACUAUGGUUAUCGUCGAAUAGAGAAUAGCAUAAUCCAACCUGAAGAAAGUGCCUUCAAAGAGCACAAAAAUAAGAAAGAAUCAUCACAAGAAAAGGGUGCAAAACGUAGCACAAAUCUAGCUCAAGCACAGAAGCUUCAGAGGUUGGGAAUCUCUUACGUUGCAACAUCUUUUCUUUACAUGGUAAUUAAGGUUAAAGCAUUCUACAAAGGAUUCAUUGGAGAUGUUGCUAGUGAAUCAAGAAUGGUGGGAAUUGAAGCACCUGUGGCAGAGGCAUAUUUCUCAGUUCCAGUUCUACCAAAUUGAGAUAGCAACAAUAAUAUCAUGUUUGUAAUGUCUAGUAUUAGUCCAAAAAGUAUAUAUAUAUUACUAGUAUCAAAUUUGAGCUGAACUAUUGUAAUUAAUAAGCUUAGAUUUGCUAAAAUGUUCCCUGCUUUUGCAGUGAGAUUACAAUUAUAGGAAGUGGUUAAUUUUUAUUUAAUGAAGCAAUAUUGUGUACAAGGGCAUUUUCUAUUGUACAAGUUCUAUCACCAUAAGUAAAGUUUGGAUAUCUAAACUUGUACAUUUUCAUAAA